CUCAAACCUUCCUAUUUAUUCCCAACACAGAAGACCCGAGAAGAGAUCGCGAACUCCAAUUCCCCAUUACCUCUUAAUCUUCUUCUUCUUCUUCUCUUUCACCUGGCGAUGGCGAUGGCGAUGGCUAAGUUCGCUGCUAUCUUGAUCUUGUCUCUCAUUGCCCUUUCCAUGUUUGAGACCACUGUCAUGGCCGGCAAUGGACGUGGUGGUCGCAACAGGAACCCAUAUGGACCAGGGAGCGUCAAUAUCUACCAAUGCCCAAGUCGGUGCGCCACUCGAUGCGGGAGGACACAGUACCACAAACCAUGCAUGUUCUUUUGCCAAAAAUGCUGCAGAAAGUGCUUGUGCGUGCCGCCGGGUUACUAUGGAAACAAAGGCGUUUGCCCUUGCUACAACAACUGGAAGACAAAGGAAGGAGGGCCCAAAUGCCCUUAGAAAACACAACCCAUUUCCAUUUCCAUCUCUUUUGUGCUCUUGAAGAAAAUUGGGAUCUGUUGUGUUCAUCUUCUUGAAAAAGAAGAUGAAAUAUGUCACCCAAUCGGGGGAGCUUCUUGGCUUCGGCUUAUUCCUUUUAUUAUCAGCAAUGAAACCUCUUGUUUCUGUUCAAAUUUCAGUGUUUCCAUGUGACGCUGUCAUAAUUAGUCAA